AUGAGUGGAGGGGAGCCCACGAGGGACAACUGGGGAGGAGGAGGUGGCAACGGCAACAACUGGAGAGGAGGAGGAGGCAACAACUGCAGAGGAGGAGGAGGCAACGGCAGCGGCUGGAGAGGAGGUGGUAAUAGCAACAAAUGGAGAGGAGGUGGCAGUGGCUGGAGAGGAGGAGGUAACAGCUGGAGAGGAGGGAGUAACGGCUGGAGAGGAGGGUCUCGUGGCUGGAGAGGAGGAGGUACCUGGAGGGGGUCAGCAGGGUCUUCGUCCUCGAGCAGUGGAAGAGCAGGAGGAGCAGGAGGAGCAGAGCUGCUCGGCGGCUCUCAGAGAGCUGUUUGGACUCAGGCCACAGUCGACGUCAGGUGUCCGUACAAAGGAUGGGCCCUGUACUUCACUGAAGGUUUCAAAGAGAGCUCCCCCAACGUGGGGAGAAUCAAAGUGUUUGAGAAGUAUUUCACCUCCAAGAUUCACCUGUUUGAUAAGGACGAGAUCGAGCGUCAGGGCAGCAUCCUCGUGGACUAUGUGGAGCUCAUCGGUGACCAGAUGGUGACACGAGAACUUCCAGGUUUAACCAAAGAACUGAAGGAACAACCAGAGAUGAUCCUGAGCUGUUUGGGAGUCGCCAUUCACCAGGUGCUGACCUCAGAUUUGGAGCGUCAGGCGGCCGAGCUCCAGGGGGAGGAGCUGCCUGUGACCACGCCGCUCAUCAACAUCCCUCACAUCAGCGCCAGGCUGUAUAACUACGAGCCGCUGACUCCUCUGAGGCUGCUGAGGGCCAGCGUGUUCGGGCGGCUCGUGGGGGUGCGGGGGACCGUGGUCAGAGUCAGUAACAUCCGGCCGCUCUGCGCUCGUCUGGCGUUCCGCUGUUUGGGCUGCUCCCACACCCAGGCGCUGACCCUUCAGCGCGGUCAGUACAGCACGCCCACAAAGUGUUCUCUCUCAAACUGCCGCAGUCGGACCCUGGUGCCGUGCCGGAGCUCCCCUCUCACUCAGACUGUGGACUGGCAGAUCAUCAAAGUUCAGGAGCUGAUGGGGGGAGAGCAGCGGGAGGCGGGACGUAUUCCCCGAACAGUGGAGUGUCACCUGACCUCUGACCUCUGUGACAGCUGCGUCCCCGGGGACACGGUCACAGUGACGGGGAUUGUGCGAGUGACCAAAGAAGGACUUCACAGAGGAAACAAGGACCAGUGCAUGUUCCUGCUCUACAUCGAGGCCACGUCUGUCAGUAACACUAAAGGACUUCAGUCAAAAACAGGAGGUCAAGGGUCAGCAGAGGCGCAGUCUUCAGAGGAGUUCAGUCUGAAAGAGCUCUACGCCAUCCAGGAAAUCCAGUCACAGCCCGACCUGCUCAAACUCAUGGUCCACUCUCUGUGUCCGGUCAUCUAUGGUCAUUUGCUUGUGAAAGCUGCUCUUUUGCUGGCUCUGUUUGGAGGCAGACAGAAAAACAUAAACAAAAACUGCGUCCCGGUCCGAGGAGACCCUCACGUGCUGAUGGUGGGCGACCCGGGGCUCGGCAAGAGUCAGAUGUUACAGGCCGUGUGUAAUGUGGCUCCGAGAGGGAUCUACGUGUGCGGCAACAGCACCAGCAGCACAGGUCUGACAGUCACAUUAUCUCGAGACGCAGCUACAGGAGAUUACGCUCUGGAGGCCGGAGCUCUGGUUCUGGCAGAUCAAGGCGUCUGCUGCAUCGACGAGUUUGAUAAGUUGGGGAGCCAACAGCAGGCUCUGUUAGAAGCCAUGGAGCAGCAGUCAGUGAGUUUAGCCAAAGCUGGAAUCGUGUCGUCUUUACCUGCUCGUACUUCUGUGGUGGCGGCUGCUAAUCCCAUUGGAGGUCAUUACAACCGUGGAAAAACCGUUUCGGAAAAUCUCAAAAUGGGCUCAGCGCUGCUCUCCCGUUUUGACGUGGUCUUUCUUCUGCUGGACAUCCCGGACGAGUCACAUGAUCGGCGCGUGUCUGAGCACGUGAUGGCGAACAGGGCGGGAAAAGGGAGGAUGAGCGGAGCCGUCGUCAACAGAGACAACAGCCAAUUAGAAACCUCCGUCCUGCUCCAGCACUCGGACCUGCCGCUGUCUGAACGACUCCAGGUUUCAGCGGGGGAGACGGUGGACGCCAUCCCCGCCUGCCUCAUCCGGAAGUACAUAAGCUACGCCCGUCAGUACGUGCAGCCGACUCUGUCUCCUGAAGCGGCGGAGACUCUGCAGAGCUUCUACCUGUCUCUAAGAGCUCAGGGCCAGUCUGCAGACGCCACGCCCAUCACCACCAGGCAGCUGGAGUCCCUCAUUCGGCUCACUGAGGCGAGAGCCAGACUGGAGCUGAGAGAAACAGCCAAUAAGAACGACGCCGAGGACGUGGUGGAGAUCAUGAAACACAGUCUGGCCGACACUUACUCUGACGGUCUGGGCAAUCUGGACUUUGAGCGCUCACAGUUGGGCUCGGGCAUGAGUCAGCGCAGCGCCGCCAAGAGGCUGAUCCACGCUCUGCACAUGCACGCCCAGAAAACCAACCAACGAGACUUUGACCUUCAGACCAUCCGCUCUGUGGCCGACCAGCUCCAAAUCAAGGUCGUGGAUUUUGAGGGGCUGUUGAGUUCUCUCAACGAGCAGGGCUUUCUGCUGAAAAAGGGGGCUAAACUCUAUCGACUGCAAACUGUGUAGUGACCAAGAAAAAGCAACGAGAUGUGAGAGGCCCGUGUGUGCUGUGCUGCCUCCAGGUCCACACAAAAGUCUCUUAUGUCUCUAAACAGUGACAUAAAUGGCAUCUUUUCUAUUUAGAACUAUUUAUUUUGACACUUUCACUUGCAGCACUGCCCCCUGGAGGUCUUUGUGUAGAACUGUAGUUACAUUUUUGGU